ACAGGGUAACAACAAGUACAUGUUUUAACGUGGUAUGACGAGGUCUACGAGGUCGGGGAUCGAAUUCUGGACCUUCCGCUCUCCGGGCGGACGCUCAACCAAUUCACCAUGGAGGUUGUCCGCAGUAUAAAGACAGUCACUGGGAGUCAAGUUUAAUCCUCAUAUUACAUUUGGGAUUUGAUACUUUUAUAGUUACUGUGUUUUACCAGUUUUUAAUUAACCGUUUAUACCUAUCUGUCCUUAUUAGUCUUUAGCACUUAUGAUAUAAUGAGGAAGCUUACAAAUCGUAUAGGAGAGGGGAUCCUCCCAUACAAAUGUGAAUAUGAGCACAAUAUAAAUAAUGAUAUUGAAUUCAUUAUCAAUUGUUCACAAAAAGAAGCAUUUGGACUGAGCAACAUGUGUGUUUUGUGGCAGGUGGUCAAAGGGAGACAACUUGUGUUAAUACACUGAAAUAUCUACAGCAAAUUGACCAAGUUGAAGAUACUCACAUUGAUUUUACACAACACUGAUACACAAGAUAAUUCAAACCACAGAUAAACUUGGCAAACUUUGUCUUUACUUAAUAUUGAAUUCAACAGGCAAAUGAGUUAUUCGAUACACGUCAAACGACAUGGAAAAACAGUAGCUGUUCAACCGACCGAAUCGCAGGUGAAACAGGGCAUCUGAAAAUAACACACCCAUAUAAUUCCUGGGUGUAAUACAAUACAAUGAGUCCUGUAAUCAGUCCAGACAACACUUCAGAGGAAUGUCACUAUCACACAACACAUAAUGCAGCGUUAUUGAAGUCUCAAAGCCCUGUAAAGAGUCCUGAAUUUAUUUCACCUUGCUUUGGUGUUGUCGUUUAGUUACAGCUAAACCUUAGGUGGAAGUCGGACUGCAGGUAAAAUGGAUCUCAAUUGCGAUUACUAUUAAGUUUGUCCACAGAUUCCUGAUUCUUAAAUCAAGCGCUUCAAAAAUGAGUUCAUCAAGUGAGAGUAGCGUGGACGAUGGCGAUGAUGAUUCCAGCAUCCACUCAGGAAGUACUGGUACCAAUGAUGAGGAAUCUGUGUUUGUCAGCAAUGAAUUCAACCCUAACGUAGAUGUUCUGUCCACAAGGUGCACUGAAGAUGAAGGGAAGCAGAACACGAUGAGUAUACAGGAUACAGAAGGAUUAUUUUGCAUCACUGAAGCCAGCACAAACACUGGCCCUAACACUGAAGACCCAAUUGUACUGCUUUCAGAAGAUGAAAGCGAAAACGAAUAUGACAGUGGACCCUUGAGUGACCUAAUUAAAAACAGACAAAGAGGUCAGAAAAAGUCACUGGAACUUGUAGAGCUUACACAAGAGGGGACACAACUUUUGGCCACUGCAACAACAGAAUUAUAUAACAGAAAGAGGGCCCAAGCUCCGACGAACAGACACCCAACAUCAAUAGGUAUUGUAAAGUUUAUUUCCACAUACGUCCACAACUUGACUAUUUCAAACCAAGCAGCUAUUUUACACAAUUAUUAAUACGUCCACGGAGUAAAGUUAGGAAAAAAAUAUCAAUUCUGAAAAUUAGAGAAAUAGAGACGUAUUUAUUACAUGUACAGGGUUUCAGGUCGUUUCAGGUAACUGAUUGUUGUCUCAAAAAAUGAUAUUAAAUGAUAUACUCGAAAGAUGAUAUUCAAAUAUGGUAUUGAUAUGCAAGAAUGAAAAACAAUCAUUACACACUACCCUAAAGGUUCCUAAAGGUUGUCUUUUGGAUUUAACACUCAAUGUAACUGAUCAGUUGACUGGGUGCGUUUUAGGUGCGACGAGGAUCAGCACCACACAUAUCUACAUUACUAUCAUUUACCGAUUUAAAAUAAAAAA